GGAUGCAAACCGAGCAGCUAUGAUACAGCUGGACAGGGAGAGCAGCCGUGACACGACUGCAAACAGCGGCUAUGGCAGCGCAGCAGUCAAAGGACGUUGUCAGGCAUUGUCUACGGCACGACAGGCAGCGCUACGCCCUGGUAUCCAUCCACAACCUUGUGCAAGGCCUCGACAAAAGCUAGCGUAUCGGCACACUAGCUUUUUGCCCUGCAAUUGCAUUGCAUUUUUGCAGUAGUGCGAGCAGGUUGUGCGAGCUGCAGUCCUCUGCAGCAGCAUCCAGUUCGCGGUAGGCCUGACUGGCGCGAACGCUAGCAGGCUGCAUUUGUAGCGUCCCUACCUGCAGACACACGCGUAGCAGCCCGGCAGCCAUGCGCGCAUUGCUGCUAUGCGCGGGCCUCGCCGCAGCGCUGCCGCGGCGGCGCGCGCUGCGGCCACUCGCGCUGCGCGGCGGAUCCGCGGCGCCCGCGCCCGCGGCCGCGGCCGCGCCGGCACUGCCCACCGUCGCCGAGGCCGAAAGUGCCCACGCCUGGACGGCCACGGACACUGUGACGCGCUUCGCGGCGAAACCGGACGCCGGUCUAUCCGAGGCCGAAGUGACAAGAAGAAGAGAAGUGUCGGGAAGGAACGUCCUCGUCCAAGCUGCGAAGAGGACGCAGUGGCAGAUGCUUUUGGACCAGUUCGACGAUCGACUCGUGCAGAUACUCGUGCGAUCUCGGCGUCCCGUUGUGUAGAGGCGCCUUCACGCCAUCGACGCGACUCGUGUCCAUCUCACGAUGACGUGGGUGGUUUCUUUUCCGAUUUCGAGGCCGUUCGGUCGCGCAGGUGGGCGUCGCGGUGCUAUCAGCAGUACUAGGCAUGCUCGACGCCGAGGACCCGACGGCCUGGGUCGACCCCGUGGUCAUAUCCUUGAUCCUGAUGUCGAACGCCGCAGUAGGUGUCUGGCAAGAAUCCUCGGCAGAUGGUGCGCUAGCUGCAUUGGAGAAAUUACAACCAGCAAGGUGCUGCGUGCGACGCAACAGCGCCUGGGACGGCGAGGUCCAGGCGUCCGAAUUAGUUCCUGGUGAUGUCGUGUAUUUGAGGGUCGGGGACAAGGUACCUGCUGAUUGUAGAUUGCUCCAACUCAAGACGUCGGCCUUCUCGACCGACGAGGCCGCGCUGACGGGCGAAAGCGUGACCACGUCCAAGGAUCUCGAUGUUGUAUCUGAUGAAAAGGCGCCUCUGGCCGACCGGUCGAACAUUGUAUUUGCGGGCACGGUCGUGACGCGGGGCCACGCGACCGGUGUUGUGGUCGCCACAGGCAUGUCGACGCAGAUAGGAAGAGUGCAAGCGGGCGUAGAUGCAGCUAGAGCCGAUAGGGAGAAGACGCCCCUCGCAAAAAAGCUCGACGAGUUCGGUUCUCAAUUAACACUGGUCAUCGGCGGCAUCUGCGCGGCGACGUUCGCGGCCUCCGUGCCGAGGUUCGGGUCUCCGGUGUUUGGCGGGAACCGACUCAAGGGCGCGGCCCAUUACGCCAAAGGAGCCGUGGCGUUGGGCGUCGCGGCCAUCCCCGAGGGGUUGCCUGCUGUUAUCACCCUAUGCUUGUCUCUAGGAACCAGAAGGAUGGCCGCGCGGCGCGUCGUCGUAAGGCGCUUGCCCUCCGUCGAGACGCUGGGAUGCACGUCGGUCAUUUGUAGUGACAAAACGGGCACGCUCACGACGAACGCGAUGACAGUCGUCUCUUUGUUAAUUCCGUCGUCGGGCACUUUUGACGAAUUGGAAGUGACAGGUGGCUCGUACGAUCCGACCGACGGUGACGUGCGAGGCUUUGAAGAGCGCAAUGGUUGUGCCGACGUUCGAUUAUUGCAGUGCGCGUCCGUCUGUGCGCUGUGCAACGACGCGCAAUUGGCAAGGGACGAGGAUUCGGGCGAAUUUGUUCGAGUCGGCGAGCCAACAGAAUGCGCGUUGCGCGUCCUCGCCGAAAAACUAGGACCGCCCCCGUUCCGAAAGCCGGCCGGGUACGAGCAGGCCGGCGCCUGGCAGCGGGCGGCGCUGUCCUGGCGCCACGCCUUCGAGCGGAAGGCGACGUUGGAGUUUGAUAGAGGACGUAAGUCCAUGUCCACGGUCUGCACGCGCGGCGAUGCCACGUCGUUAUAUGUCAAGGGCGCGCCGGACUCGGUCAUCGCGCGGUGCACGCGCGUGCGCCGGGAGGACGGGUCUGUUGUUUCAUUGGACGAGUCGACGCGAUCCGCGCUCAUUGAGAAAGUCACGGCGAUGGCGUCUCGACCUUUGAGGUGCCUCGCGCUCGCGACGAAGGACGUCACCGCGUGGGAGGACGUGGAACGGGGCGGGCCCGCGGCCCACGAGGCGUUUGAGUCCGAUCUGAUCCUGGAAGGCGUCGCGGGCAUUCGGGAUCCCCCGCGCCCGGAGGCGAAGCGAGCGAUAGCGCGAUGCAAGUCAGCUGGGGUGAGAGUCUUCAUGAUCACCGGCGACAGCAAGGAGACGGCCGUCGCCAUCGGGAAGGAAUUGGGUAUUCUGGAGAGCGACGAGCGCGCCUGGGAGGGCAAUGCGUUCUUUGCGGACGACUCGGCCGAAGCGGAGGGCCGGCGCAAGGACCUGCUCGCGCCGUCCGCGGGCGACGGCGUGUUUUGUAGGACGGCGCCGGCCGACAAGCAGCGCAUCAUCAAGCUGCUGGCCGACGCGCACGGCGACGUCACGGCGAUGACGGGCGACGGCGUCAACGACGCUCCGGCGCUCCAGCAAGCUUCUAUCGGUGUGGCGAUGGGCAUCGCGGGCACGGAGGUGGCCAAGCAAGCGGCGGACAUGAUCCUCAUGGAUGAUGAUUUUGCUACCAUUGUGGCCGCCGUGGAAGAAGGUCGCGGGAUCUACAAGAACAUGCAAGCAUUUGUCUGCUUUCUGUUGAGUUGUAAUUUCGGCGAGGUCGCUACUGUCUUCGGUGCUACGUGUCUCGGCGUGCCGGACGUCCUCACGCCGCUGCAGUUGUUGUGGGUGAACCUCGUCACUGAUGGGCCGCCCGCCACUGCCUUAGGGUUUAAUCCGCCCGAUCCUGAUGCGAUGUCCAGACCGCCCAGAGACCCGAAGGCGCCGAUCCUGACGCCGUGGUUACUUGGUAGAUAUGCCAUCACCGGUGCUUAUGUGGGCUUCGCGACGAUCCAAGUGUUCCUCAACGAGUUCAAGGAUCGCGGUGUAAGUCGACAGCGGCUGCGGUCGUGGGCGUCGUGCGACCUGAAGGAGCCGGCGUGGGCCGACUUCGCUCCCAUCAACGCGGGGAGCUGUGUGGAAAUCAAGCUUUUACGGCGCGUUCGUGCUGAAUCGUCGCGUCGUCCUCCACGCCAUCGACGCGACGCCUGCUCGAUGGCGUGGCGAUGCCGGUUCCUCACCGCUCGACGGAGCCAGCGCGGCCACGUCAUCGCCGAGAAAUGACUUAGUGAAGAAUUGUCGGGUGCACCCGACACACUGGUUGAUUUCCACACAGGCGGGGAGCGAUGCUUGUGCUGGGGCCUUCGGCGCGAAAGGCGCUGUCAAGGCCACCGCGCAAACUCUAGCCUUGACGACGCUCGUCGCGAUGGAGAUGUGAGUCGCGCGGCGUCCCGCUUCUUGGUGCAUCAUGUCGCUCCCUCCCACGCCGUCGACGCAACUACGCCGUGUCUGCUCGAUGGCGUGCCUCGACACCGUCGACGUGACACUGUAUUCAUGUGUUUCUGCUCGACGGCGUGCCGGCUGGAGCUCACCGGUCGACGUCCGCGCAGGCUCAAGGCGCUGAGCGCCGUGUCGCUCGACCACUCGCUGCUGCGCGUCGCGCCGUGGGCCAAUCCUUGGCUCCUCGCCGGAGUCGCCUUGCCCGUCGCGCUGCAUAUGUUCCUAUUACAUGCGCCGUGGCUCCGCGGCCUCUUCGGCCUCGCGCCGCUUACGAAGGCGAACUGGAUCACCGUCGCCAAGUUCUCGCUGCCCAUCUUGCUCGUGGAGGAGCUGACGAAGGCGGUCGGCCGCGAGGUCGACCGCCGGGAGCGGGAACGACGGCGUGCGGCGGCGUCGAACUAGUCGUAUUAAAUCGAAAUUAAGUCGUAUCUAUACCGUCAUCUACGCUUGGCACCAGGACUCGCGGGUUUCGUGCAGCUGCCAAAUAAUCGUCAAGUGGCGCAGAAGAGGCGGCGCGGCGCGCCGAUCAUCGAGCAGGGUUUGACUUAGCCCUCAUCGCCUAUCGACUACUCCACCGAGAGAGCCAGGAGGAAGAAACCUUGAGUUUCGCCCUCAUUGAAAAAACAGCCAACAAUUGUAGCUGACAUAACACGAAGAUGGCACGCAUAAAAACUAUUUUGCUCGCCGUCGCGCUGGCGGCGGCCGGCGCCGUCGCGCCGCCAUCGCUACGGGGCGUCAAGGAAGCUGCGUCGGGCGAGACCGCCGACACGUUCGAAGCGUCGCUGGCCAAGGAGGUCGAGCGAUUGAACGCCGCGCUGGCCGAAAAGGACGCCGCGCUGGCCAACAAGGAUGCCGUGAUAGCCGAGAAGGACGCCGUGAUAGCCGAGCUCUCGCAACACCGCUCGUCGGGCGGCCGAACGCUCGAUUUUGGUUGGAGCAGAAAAUAGCUACCCCUCCUGUUCCCCCGGCGAAUGGGCACACAGAAAACAACUUUAUAACCCGCCUGGUGGUUACCAACAGCUCAUGUGCAGUUCCUUUCUACCCGAACAUUGGGUCGAAUGCUGCACAAACGGGGUGACGGGGAAGCGGCUCGUACGCGACGGUCGGCGCGGGCCUUUGGUGUUUGGCCAAGUGCGCGACGAUCGCGGCCCUCGGGCCCUCGGUCUGGGCCGUCGGCGCGUCGGCGGGCGCGGGCCCCGCGAUCGUCGUCGCGCAAAGUGUGGCGCGGGCGUCCGCGGCGCCGCUGGUAUUUUUCUACGAGUACGUGGUGGACGACGCCGACGUUACAGGCGGUGCGGAAAUCAUCUGCUCGACGGCGUGGCGGUGACGGUCUAUCUCGCACACAGGCCAAAGGGGAGUUCUACAACUGGUUUGGGGAUAGCCGUCGCCUUCUCGGCCCGUGGCGCGUGCUUGGGGCCAUCGUGUCGGCCAUGAUCAUCGCGCUCGGACUGCUGCCCGUUGAGGCUGCUAUGCGUGUCCUCGCCGCGACGGCGGUGGGAACGGUCGUCGCCGGCGCCUACGGCCAGUCGGUCCUCGGCGGCGUUAUGGGCGACUUCCUGGGUGCGACCAUAUGCGUCCUGGAGCUCGUUAUAUACCUCGCACUCGCCGCGGACGCGUCUCGUAUUGAUACGAGCGCGUUCCUGCGCCUCGCGGUAGUGGUCUCGUUGCCUCAAAUUUACGGGCGGCUGCGCAACAACAGCGAGAAGAAGGCCUGUUAGUAAGGAGUACACUUAGCAAGGAGGGGGAAGUCC